UCUCUUUCUUUCCUUCACCAGUCCGAAAUUGGGUUUGGCAAACUGGAAACCUAUAUCAAGCUGGAUAAACUAGGAGAGGGCACAUACGCCACCGUUUUCAAAGGCAGGAGUAAGCUGACGGAUAACCUGGUUGCACUAAAAGAGAUUCGCUUAGAACAUGAGGAGGGGGCACCCUGCACAGCCAUUCGAGAAGUGUCCUUACUGAAGGAACUCAAACACGCCAAUAUUGUGACGCUACACGAUAUCAUCCACACUGAGAAAUCAUUAACACUGGUCUUCGAAUAUUUGGACAGAGACCUGAAGCAGUAUAUGGAUGACUGCGGGAACAUAAUGAACAUGAAUAAUGUGAAG